AUGACUUUGCAAGGUUCAUUAGAGUCUAUCUUCGAUAAUGUAUCCUUUUUUUUAAAUCAGAACGAUUUAUGUGCUCUUUGUUUAGUCAAUCACCGUUUUAAUGAGCUAGCUACUCCAAAAUUGUAUGCUAAUAUUGUAAUCAAUAAAAACCCGGUAUAUCGCUCGAAUAAUUGGUGGAUUGAGUGUGGAAAGACAUACCUAAGUGGGUAUAGAUCGGUAAAGAAGAGCGAUGAUCAGAACGAUUUAUUUUUAUACGAUAGGAUUGAAAGACUUCUGGAAAGCCAACACUUAGAACUGGUACAAUCACUUAUCGUUCAAGAGGAUGUGUUCAAUGAUAUGAAAGUAGGUGCACCUCUAUUACGCAAACUUAUUGAUAAGGUUAUUGAACUUGAUCGAGUAGAGGAUUUAGACAUACGAGACUCAAUCUUAUUUCAGCAUACUCACAAUAAACUGAAAGAAUUGACAAAUCUUAAAGAUCUGCGGAUACGUGACAUUGCAGGUUUAAAUGAUAUAUCACAUUUGAGAGAAUUGAAGUCUCUAGAGCUAUUUGUUACAUUGCCAUCUUUCGAUGAUGUGGUACUAUCGGAGCCUAUAAGAUCACUAAUUUUGCCAAACUUGGAAGAGUUAGUUAUUGAAGAUUUAGAAUACUCUUCGUUAAGAGUUCUCAAUUAUUUCAGAGAACAAGGUGUCGUAUUUUCCAAUUUGAGAAGCUUGAAGUUUAACCAUGUGCAUGGUAUUCAUGACUACAAUAAAACUUACCGUGAACUUGCAGCAGAUCUAUUAAUGGGUGUAAUACCACUAGAAACGAUUCGCUCCUUAGAAAUGGAAAUUUCUUGUGAGGUAAACGAUUGUACAUGUAUUGAUGAUUUCUUGGCCGACAUUUCCCCUCAUUUAAUUCGUCUGAAUAAUCUGUCAUUGAUUGAAAAGACUUUCGUCUCUUUGGGUGACCAUUAUACAGAGGAAAAUUGGGAUCUUUCAAUAAACAGAUUUAUCCUACACUUGCCAAACGUGGGUCAAAAUUUGAAAACACUUGCCGUAAGGCAUAAUUGCCCUAUUAAUGGAUUGCAGAAGGACAGUGUUGAGGGAAAUUAUAUCAGAAGAAGGACUUUGUAUAACGAAGUUUUACCCAAGUUGGUUUCAUUAAGAAAGUUAAUUGCGCCAACGAUGUUAAAGUCAUUAUGCUCAUACGAAAUUCUUGUGUGCGAUCUUCUAUGGAAUGGAUGUGAGUGUGAUAAAUGUGUUAAGGUUUUAGAUAUAUUUGAUCAAUUCAUCCAAAAUCAUCAAUAUUAUUCCUCGGAGGAUGGUGAAUUCAAAGAUAUCAUUCCCACAGUUUUCUUUGCAUAUGCAGCAGACUCACUAUGUCGUAGGCUACUAACAGAAAUUGACUGGGAUUUGAAAGCUAUGAAAUACGCACCAACCCAAUAUAUGUGGGAUAUGCACGGCUAUGAAAACGUCCAACAUUUCUCUGAUUACAGUUGUUACUUUGACGAAACUGCAUACGUCCACUUAACCCAAGUCAUCUCACAUUUCUUUAAUGAUUACAUGAAAAGUUUGGUUCAAAUGCUGCCCAACUUAACAGCCUGUAUACUAUCCGGGAUUUACUAUCAAGUCAUGCCAAGCCGCGAAUUUAUUUCGUUAUAUGAUGAUAACUAA